UUAAGUCGCGGAAGCGAUUUUUCGACCGGCCCCUGUUGGUACCACCGCAAAUUCGGUAGCGAGGCUAGGAAAUGCCGAAAACCAUGCACCGGCCCAGGAACAACAUCUGCACAAUAGUGUCGCUCUGCAGAUGCUGCGGUGGAGACUGGCGAACUCACCACUACAGCCGCAAUCUUUCGUUUACGAAUUGCUGAUUCAACUACGUCAACGCAAUUUUUAAUCGACACCGGCGCCGAUGUGUCUGUGGUUCCGAAAGAUAUGCUUACUGCGAGAGUAAAACCAUCCCCGAUAAAACUGUUCGCCGCGAACGGAUCGCCUAUUAAUGUGUACGGUGAAGUAUUGUUAAAGAUAUGAAACGGAAGCGCCUCAUCGAUAAUACCACCCAUCUUGAGUCCGUUGGGUUACUAGCGAAGAGUGAGCAGUGUUCGGUUAAAACUUUUAGUACAGAGUCGCCUUACGCCGAGUUGUUAGCCGAGUUUCCGAAUAUCACUCGCCUGGCGCCACCGGGUACGAUUAGCGAUGCAUCGAUUCACCAUAGAAUCGAAACGACAGGGCAACCUGUUUACGCACGCCCACGACGUCUGUCCCCGGACAAGCUUCAAGCAGCGAAGACCGAAUUUGAGCAUCUAAUGAAGCUUGGCAUAUGCCGACCAUCCAGCAGCAGUUGGGCGAGCCCACUCCACAUGGUUAAGAAAGCAGACGGUUCUUGGCGGCCGUGUGGAGACUACCGAGCACUCAACGCGCAAACCAUCCCGGAUCGCUACCCUAUACCGUACCUGCAGGACUUCUCUACUAUAUUGCAAGGUAAAACUAUAUUUACUAAAAUUGACUUGCAAAAAGCCUUCCAUCAGGUACCGAUCCAUCCCGCUGAUAUUGCAAAAACUGCCAUCACGACGCCGUUCGGACUGUUCGAGUUUUCGUUUAUGACCUUUGGAUUGCGGAACGCAGCGCAAACGUUUCAACGGCUUAUCCACGAGGUCGUCCGAGGGUUGGAUUUUGUAUUUCCGUACAUCGACGACCUAUUCAUCGCUUCAUCAUCACCCGAAGAACACCGAGAACAUUUGCGGCAAUUGUUUACAAGCCACCUGCGUACGACUGCAUACCACCCUCAGUCAAAUGGCAUUAUCGAACGAUGGCAUAGGACCCUAAAAGCAUCUAUUCUGUGCCAUGAUCCCGAGCACUGGAGCGAGUACCUACCGAUGAUCCUACUCGGGCUGCGGGCAGCCUACAAGGAAGACCUUAAAUCAUCGCCUGCCGAGAUGGUAUAUGGAGCAACUCUCCGAUUACCGUCUGAGUUUUUCACAAACAACUUAGACAACCCGAACGAAGCUGAAUUUGUCGCCAAACUCCGUACAACUAUGCGACAAAUUCGCCCCCGAGAGACUGCCAGGCAUGGAAAUCACAGUGUUUUCAUACACCAGGACUUAAAGACGUGUAAGAACGUCUUCGUGCGCAACGACUCGGUCCGACCCUCGCUAUCGCCACCGUAUGAAGGACCAUUCAAGGUGCUGAACCGAGCCGAAAAAUUCUUCAAGUUGAACAUACGAGGCCGCACAGUCAACGUUUCGGUCGAUCGCCUGAAGCCAGCGUAUUCACUAGAAGAUCAGCAAACCACAAGUGACAAGUUGUUGCUUUACGAUUUCAAGAUCGAGUAUGUUCAAACCGAUAAGUUCGGAAAUGCUGAUGUGCUCUCUCGUUUAAUGAAUCGUCAUGAGAAGCCAGAACAGGACUUUGUGAUUGCAAGCAUCGAACUGGACAACGACACUAGCAGCACCAAACGUCGAUUUGUGAGCCAAAACUGA